ACAGACAGAGAGGCUGCUGGGACACAAGAGGAGCAGGCACUCUGGAUUUCAUCUUACUGUUGUGUGGCCUGUAAGCUCCACUCAUGUCGUCCCCCAGAGAGAUAUGGCUGAAAAUAACAGCUGCAUGGAGCCGACAUUUUCUAUGGGCAUAGACCUGCGUAACCGCGUACUCCAAUUUGUGGAGGAACAGCUGCAGACUACAAUGUUGACGGGAAUAUUCAUCGGGGCUGUGGUGGCGAUAGGCCUCAUUGGGAUCGUUGUGUUUGUCAUCUACAGACGCUUCAGACAGUCCAAACAACAGCAGUCGGAAGCCCAUCGAUACCGGUUCAGAAAAAGAGACAAAGUAUUAUUUUAUGGACGAAAAAUCAUGAGAAAGGUUACGACUUUGCCAAACACAUUGGUUGGUAACACGGUGUCAAGACCGCGCAGUCGGAAGAAGGUGCGGGUUCUGACAUUGGCUAAAAGGAUACUUCGAUUUAAGAAAGAAUACCCCACAUUGCAAAAAAAAGAACCCCCACCAUCACUACUGGAGGCAGAUCUCACAGAGUUUGAUGUGAAAAAUUCCCACUUGCCCUCAGAAGUUCUCUAUAUGUUAAAGAACGUAAGGGUGCUGGGACACUUUGAGAAGCCCUUGUUUCUGGAGCUCUGCAAACACAUGGUAUUUGUGCAGUUACACGAGGGAGAGUAUAUAUUCCGUCCCGGGCAGCUGGAUAACAGUAUCUAUGUGGUACAAGAUGGGAUGCUUGAAGUCUGCAUUCAGGAAAGUGAUGGAAAUGACAUGGUGGUGAAGGAAGUUCUCCCUGGAGACAGUGUCCACAGUCUGCUCAGUAUCAUGGAUGUUAUAACGGGACACCCAGCACCCUACAAAACUGUUUCAGCAAGAGCCGCAACAGCAUCCACAAUCCUGCGUCUUCCAGCAAUUGCAUUCCAAGAUGUAUUCGCCAAAUACCCAGAGACUCUGGUUCGCGUAGUGCAGAUAAUCAUGGUGCGCCUUCAGAGAGUCACUUUCCUUGCCCUGCACAACUACCUGGGCCUGACCACCGAACUGUUCAACUCGGAAAGCCAGGCCAUCCCUUUGCUGUCCGUGGCAAGUCUCACAUCGGGAUCUGGGAGCAAUAAGGCGAUUAAGAAGCAAGUCUCCACAACCUUUACUGAGGAGGACCACGGAGGGAGUACGGAGAAAUCUACUGAAAUUCUACAGGACUCAGAAUCCGGAAUCCUGGACCCGAGCAAAUUUUCUGCUACUGAUGGUUCUAAUGGACAUAAGAGAAGCAGAUCAUCUUCCAGCCUCACCGAUAUUCCUGGCAGUCCCAAAGCCACCAAGUCUGAUAUGGACAUGGCAUAUGAGCGCGCCCGUGUCAGCCUUACCCCCGAUGACCCUCCUCCAAGCCCAAUUCUGAACAAGUCCAUACUUAAAAAGUCUGUGACGGUCACCGAGACACCAUCAGCCGUCUAUCACUACAAGGAGGAAGAUCUUCUCAUACCGGAAUUCAGCAUCAAUCGACACAACAACGCCAUGUACGAAGCGGCCAAAAAUGAUCUCUCCACGUUAAUGAAACUUCAGGACCCAUCGCUGCUUAAUGGAAGAGUUACAUUGCAUCAAGUCAAAGGGGGAACGGUUUUAUCAAGGCAGGGUGACCAGGAUGUCAGCAUUCGGUUUGUGAUCAACGGUUUCCUUCACGUUUACCAGCGAAAGAUUGACCGUGAGGAGGAGACGUGUCUGUUUAUCACGCACCCAGGGGAGCUGGUAGGACAGCUCGCCGUCUUAACUGGAGAGCCGCUCAUCUUCACCAUAAAGGCCAACCGGGACUGCUCCUUCAUGUCCAUCUCCAAAUGCCAUUUCUAUGAGAUCAUGCGGGAGCAGCCCAGCGUGGUGCUUGGAGUAGCUCACACCGUGGUGAAGAGGAUGUCUGCUUUUGUGAGACAGAUUGAUUUUGCUCUGGAUUGGAUGGAAGUUGAAGCAGGACGUGCAGUCUACAGGCAAGGGGAUAAAUCUGACUGUACUUUCAUCGUGUUGAACGGGCGACUCCGAUCCGUCAUAAGGAAAGAUGAUGGGAAGAAGCAGCUAACGGGUGAAUAUGGCCGAGGCGAUCUUAUUGGCGUGGUAGAAGCAUUAACCCACCAGCCACGGGCCACGACUGUCCAUGCUGUGCGAGAUUCCGAACUCGCCAAGUUACCCGAGGGAGCUCUGACUUCCAUCAAGCGCAAGUAUCCACAGGUGGUUACCAGACUCAUUCAUCUGCUCGGGGAGAAGAUCCUUGGCAGUUUACAGCAGGUCAAUGGCCCACUUACAGGUCACGGUUUGGGUCUUCACACCACCGGCAACAAAUGGGAUUCCGGAAACCCGGCUAGUAACCUGUCCACAGUGGCCAUCCUGCCAGUAUCGGAGGAAGUUCCUCUGACUGCCUUCACCCUGGAACUGAAACACGCACUCAAUGCAGUUGGUCCCACGUUACUGCUCACCAGUGAUAACAUCAAACAGCGACUCGGAUCCGCUGCCCUCGACAGUGUCCACGAGUACAGACUCUCCAGCUGGCUGGGACAACAGGAAGACAUUCAUCGCAUUGUCCUGUACCAGUCUGAUUACUGCCUCACCCCCUGGACCCAGCGCUGUAUCAGACAGGCUGACUGCAUCCUGAUUGUUGGGCUAGGAGACCAGGAACCCACCGUGGGAGAGCUGGAGAAGAUGUUGGAGAACACAGCCGUGCGGGCACAGAAACAGCUCGUUCUGCUCCAUAAGGAAGACGGACCCCCGCCGUUCCGCACGGUGGAAUGGCUCAAUAUGAGGAGCUGGUGUUCGGGGCAUUUGCAUCUCAGCUGCCCCCAUCGUGUUUUCUCUAAGAGAAGCCUACCUAAACUGAUUGAGAUGUACGAGCGAGUUUCUCAGAAGCCGCCAGACCGCCACUGCGACUUCUCCCGAUUGGCCAGAGUCCUGACAGGGAAUGCGAUUGCCCUGGUGCUGGGAGGAGGAGGAGCCAGGGGCUGCUCCCAAGUUGGCAUCAUUAAAGCUUUGAUUGAGUGUGGUAUUCCCAUAGACAUUGUCGGAGGUACUUCCAUCGGUUCCUUUAUGGGGGCGCUCUAUGCUGAGGAACGCAGUUUUAACCGCAUGAAGAUCAGGGCACGUGAGUGGUGUAUGGACAUGACGUCGGUCUUUAAGAAAGUGCUGGAUCUGACUUAUCCCAUCACAUCCAUGUUCUCCGGAGCAGCUUUUAACAGCAGCAUCAGCAGCAUCUUUAAAGACAAGCAGAUUGAGGAUCUCUGGAUUCCUUAUUUUAACAUCACAACGGACAUUACAGCCUCCACCAUGAGGGUCCAUACAGACGGCUGCCUCUGGAGAUAUGUUCGUGCCAGCAUGUCUCUGUCUGGGUAUAUGCCCCCUCUGUGUGACCCCAAGGAUGGCCAUUUGCUGAUGGAUGGAGGUUACAUUAACAAUCUCCCAGCGGAUGUGGCCCGGUCAAUGGGCGCUAAAGUGGUGAUUGCGAUUGAUGUGGGCAGCCGCGAUGAGACCAAUCUCACAAACUACGGGGAUUCUCUGUCCGGCUGGUGGCUCUUAUGGAAAAGGUGGAACCCCCUGUCUGAGAAAGUAAAGGUACUCAAUAUGGCGGAGAUCCAAACACGGCUGGCGUACGUGUGCUGUGUGCGGCAGCUGGAGAUGGUCAAGAACAACGAAUACUGCGAGUAUAUCCGCCCGCCCAUAGACCGCUACGGCACGCUGGAGUUUGGCAAGUUUGACGAAAUCUGUGACGUGGGAUUCCAGCACGGAAAGACCGUGUUUACUGUCUGGAGCCGCAGUAGUGUGAUUGAGAAGAUGCUGAAAGAUCGGCAAGACACGUGCAAAUCCAAAACAUCCGAUCUGAACACCUGCCCCAACGCGUCCUUUACAGACCUGGCUGAAAUAGUGUCACGGAUUGAACCAGUCAAAGCAGCAGUCGUGGAUGAUGAAUCAGAUUAUCAGACGGAAUAUGAAGAUGAAGAAAUCUCAGACUCCAAAAAAGAGGAUUAUCUUAAUUUCCUGAGCGCCCAAAAUGACGAAGACGUUACAGACAGUGAUGAAGACGAAGAAAUCAAGGUUCGGCACCGCACAGUGCUUGCAAAGCGCAAAGGCGGGGACAAGACGCAGGAGAACAGCUGAGCCAACCUCGCUGGAAAGUCACUUAUUUUACCCAUAAUCCUUUCCUCCUGCCCUGGCCUAUUCCUCCCUUUGUGCUGCUGACCACUAAUUAGCAGCUGGUGUCCAGCCGGCGACUUCUCAAUGCAGUACAAGUUUGUAGCUGUUAGGGGUGAGUGGCGAUCGCUUACCAAGGAAUGAGUUUCCAAGAAAACCAAACCUGUAUAAGCCUUAAGAACAUUUUGCCAUCAGAUAUUGUAUGGGAGGAGAAACCAUACAUGUUAUUAUAGGAAGGAGGCUCCUAUGGAAGUAUAAAGAUUAUAUUUCCCGUCAUGCCACAGAAACUGCUGGAUUUAUUAACUGGGUUUCCGAAGGGAGCGAAACACAAGUAUUUAUACGGUAAACUUGCUUAAUAAAUGAUCUGCCCACUUUAGGGAUUGAGGCAAAAUUGGAAGAGGUCUCAUAUUGUCCCCCCUCCCUCCUGUUAUAAGGAUUAUUAUAUUAUUAUACCCCUUCAUGUUUGUUUCUUAGUUCUUAGAAUGAGACUUAGAGUGAUUGGUUACUAGGGUUCCUUAUCUAUAGCAAUCCAUGUGCAGGGGGCUUUAUUUGGUUUCUGUAUGUCACGAGGUACACAGAGUGGGUUUAUCCAAACUAGGACAUACCAAAGUGAAAAUGUCACAUUUUAUCAAUGACAAUAUCGGGGUUAUUGCUUUAAGUGCCUACAUGAUGUGAUAUCUGAAUGGAGAUUCUGCCACUAAGCAAACAUGGUCUCCACCUCGCACUGUCUCCAGCAAACACCUCCAAAAUCUGGCUACAAGUCAAACUUCCACAGCAAUAGGCUGUGUUACAUGUGAAACGUUUUAUCUGGCUAUCCAACAGGUCCAAGCUGCCAAAUCUACCAUUAGCUAUUAUAGUCCAAUAAGCUGGUCCUUCAACACUCUUAGAAUCUGGAGCAUUUUACCCUCAAUAUUUUACUUAAAUACAUUUUUGUGAUUAAAAAUCAAAACCGUUUCAUCUCAUCUGUUGAUUUGCACAAGUACACUUUAGAUAAACUGGGGAAAAAUCUCAAGUUGGGGUUUGGGAUCAAAGAGACAAAUUACUUAAUUAAAAUGAAAUAUUCAGUCUGUUAUGUAAUAUGUCAGAAAUCUGCAGUACUAAUCAGCGUGUGAGUUUUACACUCCUUGCGUAGAAAUGUGGGCUCAGGAGCUGCUCGCUGGAGUGACACCAAGGGCGCAUGCCACUAGCCAGUCGUACUCUGUCUGUGACAUGAACCCGGGCUAAUUAACAGCUUAUGGCCCCAUAACACAGUCUGCGUCUUGUGCAACUUAUAGCUCAAACAUCUGGUACCUAUAGGCAAGUGAUUAUGUGUUGCGCCUGAAGUGGUCUGUAUCCAACCAAUUACUGAGAAUCCCUGUUAUGUGAGAACUUCUUGCCUGCAUUGCCAACUUCCAGUGCUCACUCAGAGACAAAGCCAGGCAGUGCCCAUCUCAAAUCCGCGCGGGCAGACUGUGUGCCCAUACGGAACUGCAACAGCAGAAUAUUUUGCUUUGUUAUAACCGGGAUGGAUUUGAAAGAUAAAAUGUUGAUAUUGCAGAUGUACUAACAUUUUAUACAAUAAAACUGG